CAACGUACUAGUAAGGUCUUCGACCCUCUUCUCCCUCUCACCACAUUCUAUGUGCAAGUAUGUCAUAUGUAUAUAUGCAGUGAUGAUCAUGGCCGCACAAAACAAUACCAGAAGCUCACUCUGAGUUGUGUAACUGAUCAACACUCCCCAAAAAUCCCCACCUCCGGCCUAAAAACCUUCUUCUUAGGCUAAGGCAAUGUCCAAGCAUCUAACCCUCUCCUUCCUCCUCUUCUUCUUCCUGAUCUUAUGCGAUCCCUCUAAUGGCCGCUUCAUCACCCACAGCACGUACUUCUCUUUAUCCUCUGAUCUAGUCUCCGAUGGGGUCCAGCAGCUCCGUGGCCAGCCCUACCUCGCUCUCAACCGGUCCUCUUCCUUCUCUGACGAGUCCACUUGCGAGCAGACCUACGGCUUCUUGCCCUGCACCACCACCAUCCUCGGAAAUAUCUUCCUCAUCCUCGUCUAUGACUUCCUCAUGUACCUCUCCGCCACCUGUUUGUCCUAUGGCAGCGAGCACUUGUUAAAGAUUCUUGGCCCUGCUAUUGUCGGCGGUUUGUUCCUUCCAAUCCUCGGCGCCCUUCCGGAUGCCAUGCUUAUUCUCGUAUCCGGCCUUUCAGGAAGCACAAAAACUGCUGAAAGUCAAGUUUCUGUUGGUAUGGGCUUGCUAGCUGGUUCAACUAUUCUGUUUCUUACGAUAAUAUGGGGAAUAUGCAUUAUUGUUGGCAAGUGCAAUCUCGUUGAUGGAGUUGCACAAGAUUUACAAGAUACUAACUCAACUGAAUCGAGUGCUUGUACUACUGAUGGGGACGUUACUACUCAUGGGGAUGCUAGACCAUGUGCUUGGAUUAUGUUGAUUUCUGUCAUCCCAUUUUUAAUCAUUCAAAUACCACAAGUUCUCAGUUCAACCUUAUGGAAGCACUUGGCAGUCUGGAUUGCGCUUAUUUUCUCUCUCCUACUAUUGAUUUCCUAUUGUCUUUAUCAAGUUUUUGAACCUUGGAUCCACAAGAGCAAAAUUUCUUCUGUGAUGCACAAGUGGCAGUCGGAAAGGCUGCUCAAUGAUCUUGGUGAACCUGAUGAGGAAGGCAUUAAAAGGUUGUUUUCUGCAGUAGACACAAAUCGCGAUGGAAAAAUUUCACAUAAUGAAUUGAGAGCAUUGGUUCUUGGAAUUAGAUUUGAAGAGAUUGACCUGAAUAAGAAUGAUGCUGUAGAUAAAUUAAUGAGAGAUUUUGAUACAUCCCAAGAUGGUCACAUUAACAAGAAAGAGUUUGUCGAUGGCGUUUCUGAACGGCUAAAGAGGGCAACGAAUAUACCGACUACCUCUAUCAAAGCAGUGCUAUUGUUGUUGCUGGGAACUCUCAUUGCUGUCGCAUUUGCUGACCCCUUGGUAGAAGCUGUUGAUAACUUUGCUGAUGCCACCAGUAUUCCUUCUUUCUUCGUCUCCUUCAUCGCGCUGCCUUUGGCUACCAACUUAAGCGAAGUCGUGUCAGCAGUUAUAACUGCUAGCCGUCACAAAGGUGAAACUGCCAACUUAACAUUUACCGUGCUAUACGGGUCAGUAAUAAUGAAUAAUGUCCUCUGCCUCUCAGUGUUCUUAGCCCUUGUUAACAUUAGGGGACUGGCAUGGGAUUUCUCAUCUGAAGUGCUGGUUAUUAUUAUUGUCUGCGUUGUGGUGGGUUGCUUCGCCAGCUUCAGCAAACAAGAUUUCCCUAAAUGGACAGCUCUUGUAGCUUUCCUACUUUACCCGUUGUCCCUCGUCCUGAUCUAUGUUCUUCGCUAUGUUCUGGACUGGCCAUAG